AUGAAAGGAAUUCAAGAUAGAGCUCGCAUUUUCACUGAUGAAGAACUGAGAGAGAGAGAAAGGAAGGAGAAAGAACUUAAUGAAAAACUUACGAAUGAGUCAUCGGAUCGUAAGUUCGCAAUGAAGAAGCUCGACAUGGCGCGUCGUGUGAAUGAGAAACUCAAUGACCUUGAGGAAGAGGCGAAGAAGCAGUCGCAGUACCUGUUGGCGAAGGCCAUGGAGCAGAGGCAGGACGAGGAGGAGGAAAUCAAGCAGUUGAACGCGGCCAUCACGAAUGCCAAGAUCCAGGCUAUUCGCGACGCCCAGGUGCUCGAAAAGAAGCAAAUUGCAAAGGAGUUGGCGGAGGAGAACGAUCGGCUAGACAAGAUGAUGGAGACUGAUCGACAGAACGCCCUGAAGAUCCAAGCCGCCAUAGAGGCGAAACGGAAGGAAGAGGAGCUUUUGGGUGCGUGUGAAAUAAUGAAACAAAUAAACCAGAACGAGCAGGAGCGUCUGUUGAACCUGGAGAAGACCGAGCAGGAGAAUGUGGCGGCGAGGAAGAAGAUGGCGGCUGAGAUGCUUGAGGAGAUGCAACGACGCAUCGAUAAGAGAACCCAGCAGGACCUCUUGAAGGAGGAGUUGGACAAGUCAGCUGAGUUGAUGCGUACCAUGCGACUGAAACAGGCGGAGGAGGAUAGGCUGUUCGACCUUAAAAUACUCCAAGAACAGAAAGCCAAGGCCGAUCGCGAGGCUGCCUAUGAGGAAGAGGUGCGCCGCAUUCGACUUGAGAAGGAAAAGGAAAUAAACAGGCUCCGAGGACUUCAGGAGCGCGCAAACGACUUACAGGCGGAGAAGGACGCGCUGAGAGCAAAACGCGCCAUGGAGGAGAACGAGAGACAGUGGCGUCGAAAGGAAUUGGCGGCUGCUAAAAAGGCCCAAGAGACGAAGGAAGAAAUGAACCGUGAGAGAAUCAAGGCUGCUGAAAACAAGACUCGAAUUCUUGCAAUGGAGGCUACGAGAAAUAAGAUGGACUUUGAGCGGAUUCUGCAACAUCAAAAGGAGCUAAUCGAAAAGGACAGGCUUGAACAGGAACGCCGAAAUAAAAUGAAGCUUGAAUUCUGUGCUGGCUUGAAGCGACAAAUUUGUGAGAAAGAGCAACAACGCAUUGCAGAGAGAAACGCCUUCUUUGAAGAGGGCGUACGAAUGGAGGAAGAGGCACGACUGAGACGUUUACGACUUUUAGAUGCCAAGAAUCGAAAAAUGGAAGAACUCAGGUAA